AUGGUUUUUACUUGCAAAAUUUGUACUGAUAAUAUUGCAGUAACACAGAAGCGAAUUAAGUGCAGUCACUGCCUUUUAUACUACCAUACCGAAUGUGUUAAAAUCGGUAAGGAUUCAGCCGGUAUAAGAGCCCAGUGGAAAUGUCAAAAUUGCAAAAUUAAAAACAGUAAAUUGGCCACUUCGGAGGUAGACAAGAAGAAGAAAGCACAUAAAUCACAAACCCCAACAGAAAGUGAAUCUGAUAAAUAUUCUACUUCUUCUUCAACUAAUAGCACGCCUAACUUAAACCAAGAUCUAAUAACGAAAGAUAAAAAUGAAAACUUGGAGGGUACUUUAUUUAAUUCUCCGGAUAUUUUAGAGCAAUUUGAAUCCAUCUUUGAUAACAAAGUAAAGCCUAUGGUGGAAUCUAUAUUUAAUGAACUAAAGGUAUCUCUUAUUGCGGAAAUAAGGAAGGAAAUGGCCAAAGAAAUUAAAGGACUGGAGGAAGAAAAUGCGCAGUUACGUAUUGAAUAUGAGAACUUGGAUGAAAAAUGUAAGAAGUUAGAAGCAAAAAUAACACAAACAGAUACAGAAGUUUCAGAACUACAAAAACAAAUUAAUAACCAACAACAAUGGGCAAGAAUGUCGAACUUAGAAAUAGUAGGAUUGCCUGAAUUACCCAAAGAAUCACCAAUUAAUUUAGUCAUCGAAAUAGCAAAGCAUGCAGGGGUCACACUCAAACAUGAACAGAUUGAAUUUGCCUCACGAGUACAGCCAAUGCAAAGUAAGCCAGGUAGACCGAAAACACUUGUUGCAAAAUUAAAAAAUCGUGAGCUUAAGGAUGCAAUUUUAUCCGGCUUAAGAAAAGUUAGAGGCAUUAGUACAACAGAUAUAGGAAUAGGAGGGGAUCAUCGCAGAUUCUACGUCAAUGAACAUUUAACCCCAAAGAACAAGCAGCUGUUUAAUAAGGCGAAAUCUAUCGCUUCUGAUAAAUCUUACAAGUUCAUCUGGAUCAGAAAUUGUUCAAUUUUUUUAAGAAGAAACGAAGAAUCACCGGCCUUAACAAUAAGUUCCGAAAACGACUUGAACAAAAUAAAAUAA